AUGGCGAGCCACCAGCAGCCCUCGCCCACUGCGGGCAUCCCGCCGCACCACGGCGCGCAGCACCCAGCGCACGCGCAGGUCAACGGCCACCCGCCUCAUGUCUCCCAGCCCAAGACGCCGUCGCAGUAUCUGGGCCAGCUGACCGAGGCUGUCUGGACGCAGAUGGGCUCUCUCUCGGAACAGAUGCAGGACUUCGACAGCGCCAUGGAAUGCUACCAGCUCGCCCUCAAAUACAACCAGUGGUCUGUGCCAGCCAUGCAGGGUAUCGCGUGCAUCUUGCGCACCAAGGAUGCGUUUCCACAGGCCGUAGAGUAUCUGCGCACUAUCCUCAAGGUGGACCCUGCCAACGGCGACGUCUGGGGCAGCCUCGGCCACUGCUACCUCAUGAUGGACGACCUGCAGCAGGCCUAUUCUGCCUAUCAACAAGCGCUCUACCACCUGUCUGAUCCAAAGGAGCCUAAGCUUUGGUAUGGCAUUGGCAUUCUAUACGACCGCUAUGGCUCUCUUGAGCACGCCGAGGAAGCUUUCUCCCAGGUCAUGCGCAUGGAGCCCAACUUUGAGAAGGCAAACGAGAUCUACUUCCGUCUUGGCAUAAUAUACAAGCAGCAACAGAAAUUCAACCAGAGUCUCGACUGUUUCAAGUACAUCGUCACCAACCCGCCUCGCCCGUUGACUGAAGAGGACAUCUGGUUCCAGAUUGGCCACGUCUACGAGCAGCAGAAGGAAUUUGAAGCUGCCAAGGGUGCCUACCGUCGGGUACUCGAGCGUGAUCCCAACCACGCCAAAGUACUUCAGCAGCUGGGUUGGCUGCACCACCAGCAAAGCACCAACUAUGCCAGCCAGGAACAGGCCAUUGAGUAUCUGGAGAAAUCCGUGGCUUCCGAUCAGACCGAUGCACAGAGCUGGUACCUCCUUGGUCGCUGCUACAUGUCUCAGCAGAAGUACCCCAAGGCAUACGAGGCUUACCAGCAAGCCGUCUACCGCGACGGUCGUAACCCCACGUUCUGGUGCAGCAUUGGUGUGUUGUACUACCAAAUCAACCAGUAUCGUGAUGCGCUCGAUGCCUACUCGCGUGCGAUCAGACUAAACCCCAACAUUUCCGAGGUUUGGUACGAUCUCGGAACCCUAUACGAGUCUUGCAACAACCAGACAGCUGACGCUCUCGACGCGUACCAGCGUGCAGCCGACCUCGACCCUUCAAACGUUCACAUCAAGGCUCGUCUUCAGCUUCUCCAGAAUGGUCAAGGAUCCGCUGGCGCUCCCAAUCAGGGCAACGCUCCUGUUCCUCAGGAUGUCCACCCUCAAGCUUACCAACCUGCUUCUGUUCACGGGCCUGCUGCUCCUCAAUGGGGCUCUCAGCCUGCGCAACCGCCUCAAGGACCCGCUCCGCCGGCUCUUGGCACUGCUGGCUGGGACCGUCCUCUGGCUCAGAUUAGGGAUCCAGGCCUACCACCCCAGUCUCUCAACCCAUACGAGCAGCGCGAGGGCAUUCGCCCACCAACGCAACAUGCUGCCCAGCGUCCCGUGAGCCCGCGUCAGGAGCCUCCGAGGACCUACGGCGAGCCUCCGAGACCUCCCACUAACGGUCCUGGUCCAUCUGGCCCGGCUGGCCCACCUCCUCCAGGCCCGGGGUCUCUCCGUCGCGGCAUGUCUCCAUCCCCCAAAACGCACCAUGUGGCCCCGAGUCCGUACCACCCCCAGCCGCCACAGCUCACCCCCCAGCCAGUACAGGCUCAGCAGCCGGCGCCUCCACCGCACCAAGCACAGCAGCCCCAGCAGCCCCAGCAGCCCCAGCAGCCCCAGCAGCCCCAGCAGCCCCAGCAGCCCCAGCAGCCUCAGCAGCCUCAGCAGCCUCAGCAGCCUUCCCAACCAAACCGCAUCUCUAACCCUAAUUAUGGCCCACACGCUGGCGCUGGCAGUGUCCCACCGCCACCUCCUCCACCCCCUGCUGGAUUGGCUGGUCCUCCAGGCCAGUCAACACCUGGACCACUCCCACCUUAUGGCCGUCCAAGUAGUCCGCCACCAGAGGUGCGACCUAUCGUCGAGAACCGCGCAGGCUCUCCGCGCAACGGCUAUCAGGGACCUUACCAGACUCAGCAUCACGCUGACCCUUCUGCCAGUGGUGGUAUUGCUGGCGGUGCACCUCCCCCAGCUGCUGCUCUCGCUGCGGCUGAAGCAGCUGCACGAGAUCGUGAGGAUCGCCCGCCUACCGCACCACCCAAACGUCACAGGGAGUGGGAGGAAAGCCCAAAGUUGCAGAGCAACGACGAAAAGCGCCAGAAGCUCGAAGAGCCCCACAGCCGCCGCCCUUCGCCUCCCCACCAUGUGUCGUCACCACAAAUCCCGCGUCAGAGCCCACAGGCUGUUCCUGAUGCUCGACGCUUCAACGACGGCUACCACCCAUCUGAAGCUGCUCACCACCCGCCUUCGCUAGCACCCAUCGUGGGCCCACAAGCACCGCUGCCUCGCAUGUCGGAGACACCAGCACCGACAAAGGAAAUCCCCCGUCCCGAACACCAUGAGCCAGCCGCUCGCCACGUAGACGUUGACGAGAACUACGAUGACGAGGGUGAUGAGCCAAAGGCAAAUGGGACGAAGUCUGAGCGCGGUAGCCCCCGCACAGCGCCCACAAAUGGCGUUCCCCAUGCUGCCACUCCCGCUGAGCAGAAGUCUUAG